AUGGAGACCAACAAUUUUGGCCACAUUUUGGCCAUAAGUGUCACUUUAGUCAAGACUGAGCUUUCAUGGCCUCCAAUAAUAAAACGGAUUGAUAUGAGUAAAGACAACAGAAUAUUCUACUCGGUUGAAUACGUUGGCAAUGGGGACAAAAUAUCAACUAAUUUCACCACUUUACCGGGUCUAAAUAAACUAACAACUAACAACACCAUGGCUAAAAUUGCUUAUAAUUCAGGCUGGAGUCAAAUAAUCCUACAUAACGUCAAUAAACAGACCUUGGGCAAAUACAAAUGUCAUUUACAUUUCGCGAUUCACGAUAUAAUGCAUGUGAUUGACUCGGAACCUGUUAUG